CCUAAGACCAAAGAAAGAGGGACAAAAGCUGGGACACAGAAGAAGGAAAGGAAUGCAGCUGUUGAUGUGGAGACUGAAUCCAUGCACAGGCUGGCACUGCUGGAAAAGUAGCUGCUCCAAGACCACUUGGCUCUGUGGAGGGAUGAGGCCCGCCGAGCCAAGGUUUCUGAAGACCAGCUGAAGCAGAGGAUACAAGGACUGGAGGCUGAACUGGAGGGGGCCUGGAGUGAAGGGAAGGCCAUAUAUGCAGAGAUGAGAUGUCAGUGCUGCACCCUGCAGGAGGCGAUGGAGACCCACAGCAGGCAGCUGGAGGAGGAAGUGAGGGGCCUUCGGGAGCAGUUAGAGAUGUGCCAGAGGGAGGCUGAGGCUACACAGAGAGGGACCGUGCAGGCCAUUGGAGAGUGGGACCGAACUCUGGCUCAGGUUCGGGACCACGUGGCAGACAUGGGGGCCAAAUAUGAGGAAAUCUUACAUGACAGCCUGGACUGGCUCUCGGCCAAACUGAGAGCCGUCAAGCCUCAGGGGGACGGGGCUGUGCUGAGACUCCACGCCCGGCACAAUGAACAGCUCUGCCAGUUUGGACUCAACCCCCUGGAUCUUUGA